GCUUUUCGCUAUCUAAGCUUUGAUUAAAUGGAGAUCUUCAAGACAUUUUCCUUCAUUUGCCUUGGUGUUUUCAUUGUCAUUUGUUCUGCGUUGUCUGCAAGUGCUGAUGUUCAUAGACAUAAAUUUGUUAUUGAAGCAGCGAAAGUGAAGAGGCUGUGCAAGACUCACAACACCAUCACUGUCAAUGGAAUGUUUCCUGGACCAACCUUGGAGAUCAACAAUGGCGACACCCUUGAAGUUCUUGUUGUCAACAAAGCCAAGUAUAAUGUCACCAUCCACUGGCACGGUGUUCGGCAAAUGAGAAGCGGAUGGGCGGAUGGACCGGAAUUUGUGACUCAGUGUCCGAUUAGACCAGGAAGAAGUUACACAUACAGGUUUACGGUUCAAGGCCAAGAGGGAACAUUGUGGUGGCAUGCUCACAGCUCAUGGCUUAGAGCCACCGUUUAUGGGGCUCUCAUCAUCCGUCCCAGAUACGGUGAAUCCUACCCUUUACCUAAGCCGAAACGCGAAACACCAAUCCUUCUCGGUGAAUGGUGGGAUGCUAACCCCAUUGAUGUUGUGAGAGAAGCAACAAGGACAGGGGCAGCUCCAAAUGUCUCAGAUGCAUAUACCAUCAAUGGUCAACCUGGGGAUCUUUACAAAUGCUCCAGCAAAGAGACUACAAUAGUGCUCAUCGACUCCGGCGAGACCAAUCUCCUCCGAGUCAUCAAUGCUGCCUUGAACCAACCUCUUUUCUUCAAAGUAGCCAACCAUAAGUUCACUGUUAUUGGUGCUGAUGCUUCUUAUACCAAGCCCUUUACCACUUCUGUCCUCAUGUUAGGCCCUGGCCAGACCACUGAUGUUCUUAUCCGAGGUGAUCAGAAACCAUCUCGGUAUUACAUGGCAGCUCGAGCCUAUCAAAGUGCGCAAAAUGCACCAUUCGGCAACACGACCACCACCGCCAUUCUUGAAUACAAAUCGGCUUCCUGCAAUACCAAAAAAUGCAAGGCAGCCAAUCCAAUCAUGCCUUCUUUACCGGCCUACAAUGAUACCAACACUGUGACAACCUUCAGCCAAAGCUUUAGAAGUCGAGAAAAGGCUGAAGUCCCGACUGACAUCGACAAAAGCUUGUUCUUCACAGUUGGUCUUGGACUCAACAACUGCCCAGUGAAUUUCCCCAAGAGUCGUUGCCAAGGACCAAAUGGUACACGUUUCACAGCUAGCAUGAACAAUGUCUCAUUUGUGCUCCCACGGAACUUCUCUUUGUUACAAGCUCACCAACAAGGAAUUCCAGGGGUUUUCACUACAGACUUCCCAGGAACCCCUCCAUUAAAAUUCGAUUACACCGGAAACGUGAGCCGAUCGCUCUUUCAACCUGUUCCGGGAACCAAGUUGUACAAACUGAAGUAUGGUUCAAGGGUACAAAUUGUGAUUCAAGACACAAGCAUUGUGACACCAGAGAAUCACCCGAUCCAUCUUCAUGGAUACGAUUUCUAUAUCAUUGCACAAGGUUUCGGGAACUUCAAUCCUAAAAAAGAUACUUCUAAAUUCAAUCUUGUUGAUCCACCUUUGAGGAACACGGUUGGAGUGCCGGUGAAUGGAUGGGCAGUCAUUAGAUUCGUCGCUGAUAAUCCAGGAGUGUGGCUAAUGCACUGUCACCUGGAUGUUCAUAUCAAUUGGGGUUUGGCAAUGGCAUUCCUUGUUGAAAAUGGAGUUGGAGAAUUACAAAGCAUACAGCCACCGCCUUCAGAUUUGCCUAUUUGUUAGAGACAAAUUAUCAUCAUCAUCACCAAAAACACUAUAAUUAGUGAUGAUCAUAAGACCAACAAGAAGGGUUAUUACAAUUUCUUUUUAUUAAUAUUUUUGUCAUUUUUCUCUGCAUUAGGGAAACUAGUUGCCUCUGUUCCAUUGUUCUUUCUAU